CUCUCUCUCUGUGUCUCUCAGUGGACACUGCACAGUAAGGAUACUGCCAGGGACUUGGAAUUACUCGUCCUCUGUUUCUCUCUUACUUCCAGCAGGUUCUGUUCAGGAACGCAGCUCGGUGACGGUGUGUGUGUGUGUCGGGCCGGGCGGUCCAGGUCUACACAGUGUGUGUGUACGAUGCUGCGAGUGUUUAUCUUGUGUGCUGAGAGGCUUCAUACAGAAGACGAUGACGUCAGUGAUGCCUACUGCAGAGUCGUCUAUGAAGGAUCAAAAAAGAAGACAAAAGUCAUCAAGAAUAACAUAAACCCUGUCUGGAAUGAGGGUUUUGAGUGGGACCUGAAGGGAAUACCUCUGGAUUCAGGAGCUGAGCUUCAUUUGGUGGUCAAGGAUCACGAGAAGAUGGGGAGGAACAGGUUCCUGGGGGAGAGUCGAGUGGCUCUCAGGGACAUCCUCAACUCCUCUAACCUGGCUGCUAGCUUCACUGUGUCCCUACUGGAUACCAAGAGGAACAAUACUGGGGCCACGCUGAGCCUGCAGGUUUCCUACAUCCCUCCCCCAGGAAUGACUCCUUUCUUCCAGCCUCCUCCUCAGCCAGAGGCCCGGGAGAAACCUGUGGAGCUGGACACUGUUACAGUCUUCUCAUUGGACACCAUGGGUGAAGAGGACACAGAGAGCAUGUUGAUGAUGGAGCAGACAGAUGACCCAGACACCGGGAGUCACCAGGGACCCCAUCAGGGGGGCCAGGGUGGCCAAGAGACCCCCACAGCCCAGACCCCUAAACGGGCCCCCCCUAACUACACCCCUGGAGUGAAGAGAAAGAAGAGGCAGCAGGGUAACAAGGCACCGCUCCCAAACAAACCACAGGACCUGCAGGUGCGCGUUCGAGUCAUCGAAGGCCGACAGUUGCCGGGCAUCAACAUCAAACCAGUCGUCAAGGUUACUGUCGGCGGGCAGUCCAAGAGGACUCGCAUCAGGAAAGGAAACAACCCAGUGUUUGACGAGACUUUCUUUCUGAACUUCUUUGAGAGUCCGGCAGAUCUCUUCGAUGAGCCCAUCUUCAUUACUGUUUUUAACUCCAUGUCGCUGCGAACUGACUCGGUGAUAGGAGAAUUCAAGCUUGAUGUUGGCACGGUCUACAACGAGAGCAGACACGCCUUCUUGAGGAAGUGGCUCCUCCUCUCUGACCCUGACGACCUCUCGGCCGGGGCCAAAGGUUACCUGAAGGUCAGCCUCUUCGUAUUGGCUGCAGGCGACGAAGCUCCAGUGGAUAAGAAGGAGGGAGUGGUGGAUAAGGAGGAUAUAGAGGGGAACCUGUUGCGUCCUGCUGGACUCACACUCAGAGGAGCCAUCUUCACACUCAAAGUAUUCAGAGCUGAGGACCUGCCUCAGAUGGACGAUGCCUUUAUGGAUGGGAUGAGACAGGUCCUGGGAUUCGACAGCAACAGGAAGAACCUGGUCGACCCUUUAGUUGAAGUCAACUUCGCUGGAAAAACGAUGUGCAGUAAGAUCAUGGAGAAGAAUGCCAACCCUCAGUGGAAUCAAAGCCUGGCCAUGCCCAUACGGUUCCCCUCCAUGUGUGAAAAGAUGAGGGUUCGUGUCCUGGACUGGGACCGAGCCAGCCACAAUGAUGUCAUCGGGACCGCCCAUCUCUGCAUGUCUAAGAUCUCUGCCCCGGGAGGAGCGAUAGAUGAUGAAUUGGUCCCAAGGAACCUUCAGAGUUUCAUGGAUGACAGUCUGGGUUUCCUGCCGACCUUUGGCCCCUGCUACGUCAACCUGUACGGAAGCCUCAGGGAGUUCACCGCCUUCAACGACCCCCACGAGGCUCUCAACUUGGGCAAGGGUGAGGGAGUAGCGUAUCGUGGUCGUGUUCUGAUGGAGCUCAGUACCAAGCUGGUGGACACGGUGCAGGCCAGUGUGGAAGACAUAACCAACGAUGACCUAUUGGUGAUACAGAAAUUCAUGCGUAAGAGAAAGUAUUCUCUCUUUGCGUCGUUCUACUCCGCCACGCUCCUCCAGGACGUUGACGAUGCGAUACAGUUUGAGGUCAGCAUCGGUAACUACGGCAACAAGUUUGACUAUACCUGUCUUCCUCUGGCCUCAACGACGCAGUUCAGCAGAGCUGUGUUCGACGGUUGUCACUACUACUACCUGCCGUGGGGUAAUGUGAAACCAGUGGUGGUCCUGUCUUCAGAGUGGGAGGACGUCAGGCCACGAAUAGAGGCACUCAACAUGAUACUGGCUAUGGUCGACCGACUGGAAUCUAACCUAAAGGAAGUCCAGUUGGAACUGAAGUCAGGAAGUGACCUGGAGGAGGUUGAGCUAAAAGUGGUCAAUCUAUUGGAUCAGGUCAUCACUGAUUGCAGGGUGGAGCUACCGUUGUUAGACGACUGGUCUUGUGUAACUCAGUUAGACCGUGCCCUCAGACACCUGAGACUGAAUAACCUACAGCAGAUAGAAGAGGCUGCCACAGCUCUGAAACAUGGACCAGCUACUGACCUGUCUACAGUACUGGACCAAGCUGAGGACUGGGCACUCAGACUACACACCAUGGCUGAGGAGCCCCAGAACAGUCUACCAGACAUAGUGAUCUGGAUGCUACAGGGAGAUCGUAGAGUGGCAUACCAUCGUAUCCCUGCACACACUGUCCUCUUCUCACAGAGACACUGUGGCAAGCACUGUGGGGAGCUACAGACCGUCUUUCUGAAGUACCCCCAAGGUGGAUCAGGAGACCGUAAGCUUCCGGCCCAGAUCAGAGUCAAGGUCUGGUUCGGUCUGGCUGCGGACGUAAAACACUUCAAUCAAUUUGCCGAAGGCAAACUGUCUGUUUUCGCUGAAACGUAUGAGAACCAAACUAAGCUGGCUCUGGUGGGUAGCUGGGGAACCACAGGACUGACAUACCCCAGGUUCAGUGAUGUUACAGGCAGGGUGAAGUUACCCAAGGAGUCCUUCAAACCCUCACCGGGCUGGAGCUGGGCUGGGGAGUGGGUCAUCAGCCCAGAGAAGACGAUGCUGUAUGAUACAGACGCAGGUCACAUGUCCUUCACAGAGGAGGUGUUUGAGAACCAGAUGAGGUUACCGGGGGGACAGUGGAUCGGCAUGCCAGAAGGAUACACCGAUGUGAACGGGGAAAAGGCGGUGCCUAAGGACGAGGUCGAGUGUCCUCCGGGGUGGGUGUGGUCUGAUGAGGAGUGGAGCGAAGAUCUGAACCGGGCUGUGGACGACCAAGGUUGGGAGUACGGCCUGACUAUUCCCCCAGAUCGGAGGCCCAAGGCCUGGGUACCAGCCGAGAAGAUGUACCAUACCAACCGCCGUCGCCGUUGGAUACGCCUCAGACGCAGAGAUAUGCAGAAGAUGGAGGCUCUGAAGAAGCAGCGACCAGAUGAAGCAGAGAGAGAGGGAUGGGAGUACGCAUCUCUGUUUGGAUGGAGGUUCCAUCUUAAACCCCGGAAGACAGACUCAUUCAGGAGGAGGAGAUGGAGAUGUCGUAUGGAACCACUGGAGAAGACGGGACCUGCUGCUAUCUUCGCCCUGGAGUGUUCACUGGGGAGUGUGACGGAGGAUAAGAGUGAUGAGAAAUCUGUGACGGCGACCUUUGGGGUCAACCGCCCUACCAUUUCCUGCCUCUUCCACAGUGGGACUCGCUACCACCUGCGCUGUUACCUGUACCAAGCCAGAGAGCUGCUAGCCAUGGACAAAGACAGCUUCUCAGAUUCCUAUGCCAUAGUUUCGUUCCUCCAUCAGAGCCAGAAGACUGUGACUGUGCGUAACACGUUGAACCCCACCUGGGACCAGACCCUCAUCUUCUACGAGGUGGAGGUGUUUGGAGAUGCUGAUGUGACAGAGAGAAGCCCUCCUAAUGUCGUGGUGGAGCUGUACGAUCAGGAUACAUAUGGGGCAGAUGAGUUCAUGGAUCUCUUGUUCCCACAGCCCGCUGUUCAUCACAUCCCUGGACAGGAGGGAGACAUCCCCCCUCACAUUAUGGAUGAGGUCUUUCUCUCAGGAUUCCUCUCAGAAAACCAGCAAUGGCCCAAGGAUUCCGACCUCCCGAACCCGCCCCCCCAGAGAGAACCCAACGUCUACAUGGUUCCUCAGGGGAUCAAACCUGUUCUACAACGUACUGCUGUAGAGAUCUUGGCAUGGGGAGUGCGUAACCUGAAGAGCUUCCAGCUAGCUAGCGUUACCUCUCCCAGCCUGCAGGUGGAGUGUGGAGGCAUCAUGGUUCAGUCCUGCGUCAUACGAUCUACAAAGAAGAAACCCAACUUCGACAUCAACACACUCUUCAUAGACGUGAGACUGCCCUGUGAGGAGCUUUAUAUGCCACCUAUCAUUCUGAAGAUCAUCGACAACAGACAGUUUGGGAGGAAACCGGUGGUGGGACAGUGUACAAUCAGGAACCUGGAGGACUAUCGCUGCACCCCUGAGGAAGAGGGGGAGGAGGAAGAGGACGAGCUUGAGGAGGUUGUCCAGACGCCUCGUGGCGAUGUUCUGAUCGACAUCGAUGACACGGAACCCCUCAUCACCUCACAGGAGGAGGAAGUGAUGGACUGGUGGUCUAAGUUUUAUGCUUCGACCGGAGAGACGAACAAGUGUGGAAACUACCUGGAGAAGGGAUGUGACACACUACAGGUGUAUGACAGGCCACUGGAGAAGACAGAGGGAUUUGAGAGGCUGUCAGACUUCUGCCAGACCUUCAAGCUGUACCGUGGGAGGAACCAGGACGAAGGAGAGGACCCUUCUAUAGUCGGCGAGUUCAAGGGUAUGUUCAAAAUCUAUUCUCUCCCAGAGGACCUCUCGACCUCCGCACCUCCCCGACAGUUCCGUCAGCUACCCUCCAACAGCAUCGAAGAGUGUCUGGUCAGAGUCUACAUCAUACAAGCCACCGGACUUCAACCUAAAGACUCUAACGGAAAGUGUGAUCCGUACGUGAAAAUCAGUCUGGGCAACAAGUCCAUCAACGACCAUGACAACUACCUACCUUGCACCCUGGACCCUGUGUUUGGAAAGUUGUUUGAGCUGUCCUGCUCGCUGCCCGUAGAGAAGGACCUCAGGAUCCAGUUGUAUGACUAUGACAUGUUGACUAAAGACGAGAAGAUCGGAGAGACCGUUAUUGAUCUGGAGAACAGAUUCCUGUCCCGCUACGGAGCGUGCUGUGGCUUACCCCAGUCCUACUGCCUAUCUGGUGUGAACCGGUGGAGAGACCAGUUGAAACCAUCUCAGCUGCUAGUCAGACUAUGUGAGAGGAGGAACUACAGGAGACCUGUCUAUAAACAGGACAGAGUCUUCUUCAGAGGACGUGAAUACACUGCUGCUGACUUGGACGACGCAAAGCCCCUCAACCCUCAUCUGGGGCCCUUAGUGGAACGCUUGUCCCUACUGAUCCUGCGGAGACAGGGGCUGGUUCCUGAACAUGUGGAAACACGAGCCCUCCUUAGUCCUCUUCAGCCUGACAUGGAACAGGGGAGACUGCAGUUGUGGGUGGAUGUCUUCCCCAAGUCCCAGGGUCCUCCUGGACCUCCCUUCAACAUCACACCACGCAAGGCCAAGAAGUUCUACCUGCGUUGCAUCAUAUGGAACACAAGUGAUGUCAUCCUGGAUGAUGUCAGCCUGACCGGGGAGAAGAUGAGUGACAUCUUCAUCAAGGGGUGGCUCCACGGUCACGAAGACCAUAAACAGAAGACAGACGUCCACUAUCGCUCUCUAGGAGGAGAGGGAAACUUCAACUGGAGGUUCCUGUUUCCCUUCCACUACCUACCAGCCGAACAACUCUGUACCAUCGAUAGGAAGGAACACUUCUGGAGUCUGGAUAAGAACGAGAUGAAGGUUCCUCCUAAAAUCACCAUUCAGAUCUGGGACAACGACAAGUUCUCUUUUGAUGACUAUCUCGGCUGUCUAGAAAUGGAUCUUCUUCACAUGCAGCGACCAGCCAAAUCCCCAGAGAAGUGUACCUUAGACAUACUGUCACAGGGACAGGAUAAACUGGUGUCGCUGUUCCAACAGAAGACGGUCAAGGGCUGGUGGCCGUGUGUGUGUGACAGCAACGGCGAGAAGAUCAUCGCUGGUAAAGUGGAGAUGUCUCUAGAGAUAGUUACAGAACAGGAACAGGAUGAGAGACCAGCAGGACAGGGCAGAGAUGAACCAAACAUGAACCCUCACCUGGAGGAUCCACAACGUCCUGAGACAUCGUUCCUGUGGUUCUCCUCUCCCUACAAGACGUUGAAGUACAUCCUAUGGGGGAGAUACAAAUUCCUCAUCCUCCUCUUCAUCCUCCUCUUCUUCCUCUUCCUCUUCAUCGGAGUCUUCCUCUACUCCUUCCCUAACUAUGCAGCCAUGAAGAUGGUCGGACCGUUCAGUGGACCUGCUAAAGGAACUAAAUGAACAACUAGCUAAAUAAAAACAGAGGAAGAGAAGGAGAUGAAAACCACAGAGGAAGAGAAGGAGAUGAAAACCACAGAGGAAGAGAAGGAGAUGAAAACCACAGAGGAAGAGAAGGAGAUGAAAACCA